AUGGCCGCCUGGCCCGCGCCGCUCUUCGUGGCCGUCUCCCCCGCCGCAGGCGCGGCCGCGGAAAGGCUGCCCCAAAAGCUGCUCCUCUAUUUCCAGUCGAAGCGCUCCGGGGGCGGCGAGUGCGACGUGGCAGCCGAGGACGUCGAGCGGGGCCUUUAUCGCGUGCGCUUCCACUCCGAGGAAGCAAAGAGACGAGUGCAGGCAUCUGAAUACCAUUCUAUAAACUCUUGUGAACAAACUCUGAACAUACGUAUCCUGCAAGAUUCCGAGGUAAUGAAUUCUGCAGAAAAAUCAUUUUCGCAGAGCUUGUCAUGCAAGGCUACCAGGACGCCACUAUCUAUUUCAAGCACUCAGCGAUCUCAAAAUAGUUUUGAAAAUACGCAGCCAAGUGAAAAAUAUAUUGAUAAUCCACUAGCAAGUAUUACCAAAAAGAUAUUUAUCUGUGUAUCUGCCACUUUAAAUACUGAUCUGUUCACAAGAGAGGAAAGGGAUAAAGUGCCGACUCUGUGGCCCACCUUAAAAAUAGAGAAGUGCUCAAGCAAGCUAGGUAUAGAAAAAGUGACAGGAGAUUAUGGUGAUGUUGAAGAGUUGCACCAUUAUUUCAAGAGGCUCCUUGCAAAGUCCAAACACUGUGGUGAAUCCACAAAACUUCAAAAACAGACUGAUUUGGAAAGGAUGACUGUGAAUGUUCAGAAAGAAGGGAGCGAGAAUGAUUCUGAAGAAUCCAACAAUAUCGAAGUUCCCUCAGCAGUCUUUGAAUACUUUCGCCAUGUCUGCAAGGCAGAAGCUGAAGAUCUGGAGCAAAGGUUUAGCGUAAAGCUGACUAGUGCAGAAGAUGGCAGUGGGAUGACAUCCAUACAGUUUGCUUCUGCUGGGAGCCCUAGCUGCAUUGAGAAAGCUCAGCAGACUUUUGUUACAGCUUUUCAGAGAGUAGCAGUAGAUCUGAAACAGGAAAUCAUUUAUCUUGACAACACGCACCAGGUCAUUAAAACAUCAGAAAUGUUGAACACAAAUUUUAAAAGAAUCUUUGCAAAGCCCCAGGAUAAGACAUUAAUUCUUCAUGGUCCUGCUAGGGAACUUUCAGCUGCUAAGGAGUUUAUGAAAGAAUUCCCUAAAAAGUCUGAAUUUAAUUUCCCCGAAACUGGUUUUAUAGUUGAUACAGAUAAGUUUGAAUUCUUGGAACCAAAGUUAUUCAUGGAAAUUCAAACUAUAAAGCAAAUGUAUGGAACAAUAAUGGAGAAAAAGAAAUUCCCCGAGAGUAAAAAAACACACAUCCUUUUUAAGCCUGAGACAAAGAAGAAAACCCCAGAUCUAACAUCAGUGGCUUGUGAGAGUAUCUCCAGAGCUUACCAGAAAGUCUUAGAAACACAUACAGAAAAAACUAUCCCUUUGAAACAUUCAUUGGAUCUGGGAGAGAAAGUAAAUGAAUUCUUUGUUCAUUUACAAACAGAAAAUCCCAAAGUUCUUCUGAAAAAAAUGGAAGAUAAAUUAUCUAUAUUUGGCCUUCCAGAGCAUGUGUGUUCUACUGAAAAGCAUAUUCUACGGUUUUUGAACACUGACCUCGCUGCUCUUCGUGCAGGCGUGUUGUCACCCACUCGCACCCCCAAAGCUGGAAGAAGUUCAGGAGCAUCCUUUGAGUACAACGGUGGCCAUAAAGUGCACUCAUUUCCUUCUGGAGAGCCGUCCUAUGUAAAGGUGGCAAAGGCUGAACCGGAAGAAGACUGCUCCAUCUGCAUGGAUAAAAUUGACCAGAAAGAAGUGCUGCCCAAAUGCAAGCAUGCAUUUUGUAGGGAGUGCAUUCAAGUGGCAAUGAAAUAUAAGUCCGUCUGCCCUGUGUGUAACAUGGCCUAUGGGAAGAUAGAAGGAAAUCAACCACCAGGGAAGAUGGAGAUCAGUAAAACGCGAAUGUCUCUUCCAGGAUAUGAGGGGUCUGGUACUAUCAGCAUUGCGUAUCACAUCCUUGAUGGCAUUCAAAACGAAAACCAUCCAAACCCAGGAAGAAGAUUUCAUGGAAUUAUUAGGACAGCAUAUUUACCUGACAAUAGAGAAGGAAGAGAGAUUCUGCAACUGCUUCAGCGGGCUUUUGAUCAGAAAUUGAUUUUCACAGUGGGCCAAUCACGUACAACUGGAAUGAAUGAUGUCGUUACCUGGAAUGAUAUACAUCACAAAACUAGCAUACAUGGAGGGACAGAAAGGUUUGGCUAUCCUGAUCCUAAUUAUCUGAAGCGUGUUCGAGAAGAAUUGAAGGCAAAAGGAAUUGAAUGAGUGUUUUUUCCGUCACAGUCCAGAAUGUCGUUCUGUUAAAAUAUAUACCAUUUACUUCAGCACGUUGCUAAGAAGGAGGGGGGAGGUUAAAUGGUCUUUGGAAAGCUUUGCCUGUCAUCUGCUGCAGGAUUGUGAACUGCAAAAUAUCUCUUGCCAUUAUGGGCGUUUAAAUAAAAGAUAUGAACACAUUACA